AUGGAGUUGGGUUUCGACGUUUUGGAUGUUCUUCCCCGAGAAAUCACGCCUUUUCGACAAGAAGAAAUAACCCGUUUGAACUAUUCAAUGCCGAGGAGGUACCAUUCCGCUUACGAGAGAAGAAAUACAACAAUCCAGUACACCAAGGCCGAGAAGAUUCAGCUUAUCAUUGAUCGUCUGGGAAAGAAAUCAGCGGACGCUCAAGGUCUUGGGUCGUCCAUCACGAGUUUUCUUCAAAUGACGGCUGGAGAUCAACAGUCGAUUUACAUUUUGAGACAAGAGAAUCUCGUCCUCGGUUUUAUCAAACUCGGUUACAAGCCGCUUUUCAUCAUGGACCGUAACGGCAACCAGUCAGAAACCCGUCCUGUCUGCGUGCUAGACUUCUUCGUCGUCGAAUCUCACCAGCGUCAAGGCUGCGGCCGUCGGCUUUUCGAAUUCAUGCUGCAGGAUUUGUCUCUUCAUCCAGCGCAACUCGCUAUCGAUCGGCCCAGCUCCAAGUUCAGAAGUUUCCUCCGCAAGCACUACUCGCUUGUCGGCAGCGUUCCGCAAAUCAACAACUUCGUCAUCUUCGACGGCUUCUUUCGCUUCAACAAGCCGAAAACGCGGCGCAACAGAUUGACCGACGAUUUUCGCGAAAAACGACGCCACGAAGAACCUGCGCUCUUUCAACGCUCAAACUCGUGGAGCAAAAUGAGAAAUCAAGGAUCAACCGGUGGUUCAAUUUCAAGCAAUUCGACGAAUUCGAGUUCGAAAACCUCCCUUCCCGCGAUCGACAAGAAUAAAAAUUCGAAUUUCCCGGAGCCACUCGGACCGCGGGAUCCGCCGAAACGCAGCGCAUUUGGAACUGAAAAUAGCGCUCUCGCCUCAAGGAAGAACAUGUCCGAUCUCGUCCAAAAUGCGCACUGGCGAAAUGUCCCCCUUCACAGCCAAACGAGCAUACGCAGGCACAGAGGGGCGACUGUUCCUCGCCAGAAUACGACGUUCAACCUUUUCGGAAUCAAAUCAAAGCACUACUAG